UGAAAUAUACAAAGUGUAUUUGAAUUUCAUAUUUGCGAACUUGUUCAUUAAGUAGUUAAGAUUGUUGUAAACGUUUACUUAAGGUGGCAAAGGCUUGAAAAUAGAAUCAGCGGGAUCUACAAACUUAAGAUUAUGAAAGGCGUUUGUUUGCAGAAAAUUCCAUUUACUUAAUGUUUCACCAGUUCAGCAAUUCGAUAAUGACUGGUCUUUGCCUGUCUGAAGAUGUCCACUGCCCUGCAGCCAAACACUCGUAGAAACAUGAAGAAAGACAACAACAACCUCUCAGACAAGAUGUCGUCUUCUCGACCGUCAUCGGCUGGAUCCGUCUCAUCAAAGGCAUCAUCGUCGCAAAAAAGCAAGGAACAUAAACAGAGAAAUAAAGGACCAUCAAAGGAAGAGAUAAUUAAAGCAAAUACCGAACUGUGUAGGGAGGUGGAAUCUCUAAAUGAAGAAAACCAACUUCUUAAAUCUACUGUUACUGCAGUGAUUGAUAAACUUAUUGAAAACGCUAAGAUAAAGGGUAUUAAAGUUUCAAAGGUUAUUGAAAACCCAAAUGUUACUGAGAUUCCAGCUGAAAGCCUUGUAGCAUUGACAGAAAAGAUGACUGCUGAAUCUCGUAAAAGUGAUACUAUGGAAUACAGGGUAGAAGAAUUAGAAACUAGGAUUACACAUUUAAAUACUGAAUUAGCAAAGUUGUUACGGACUAGGGUAAAUGUAGAAAAUGGGCUAGAUGAAAUUCUAAAUGACUGUGACAAUGUUGAUGAGAUUAAAGUGAAAACAAAGGAACUUAUCAGGGAAAUAAAGGGAAAUAGCCUUUUCACAUUUCUUGACUCACUGCCGUUUGAACCUGUUCAUCUGAGUACGGAUACCAGUCCAAGAUUAUCAAUUUCUUCUCUGACACCAGAAAGUCAUUCUACGCCGAGAACCAGUAUACCAAAACCUGUAACUGUGGUGCUAAAAAAGGAAAACCUGGAUCUCAGACCGCCAGUAAAGAAGUUUGAUGGGAACACACCGAUAAAAGACAUGCAUAAAGAUUUACGUCAGUAUGUAGAACAACAGCUCAGUCUCCCUAAAGGAAAUGGUGCUGACUGGAGAUUGAUGGGAGAAAGACUAGGAAUUCCUCAAGAGACAAUAAAUCAGUGGAAACGUUGGAAGCUAGAGCAACCCAUGCACUAUGUGUUACAGGCUUGGAGUGCGAGCCCCGGUGCUACAGUCAGACUGCUACAUAGACACUUGGUGUCACCUCAGAUGAGAUCUACUUUACUGGCUAAAAGGAUCAGUGAUUUCUACCAGGUGGAUUAACAACAGAAGCUAAAUUAAGUCUUAGCUUCAAGUCCUGUGAUAUCUUAUUGAAGCUGUGAUACUUUUCAUUCUGUAAUGUGGUAUCAGUUUGGAUACUCCUAACAGCAGUAGUUACCAAAAAAACAAACUUAAUACAAUGACUGAAAACUCUAAUGGAUCUUUAAUAAGUAAUCUCAUACUUGUAUUCAUUUAUAUUAUAUAUUGUAUGAUUGUUCUUGAAUGAGACAAAAAAAAAUUACGAAUACUAGUAGAUAGUAAAAGCACCAGAAUUAGUGUAUUGAGUCAAAUGAACACAGGACUUCUGGUCAAUAAUUUUGAUCCGGAUAACGGUGCUGGUCUGAUUAGUUUAUGAAACUUAUAAUUUGGGAACGGUCAUAAUAUGAGCCGCACCAUGAGAAAACCAGCAUAGUGCGUUUGCAAUUAGCAUGGAUCCAGACCAGCCUGCACAUUCGCGCAGUCUGGUCAGGAUCAGUGCUGUUGGCUAAUGGUUUUUCUAGUUGCAAUAGGCUUUGAAAGCAAACAGCAUGGAUCCUGACCAGACUGAGCAGAUGCGCAGGCUGGUCUGGAUCCAUGCUGGUCGCAAAUGCACUAUGUUGGUUUUCUCAUGGUACAGCUCAUAUAUUUAUGACAUCAACUUUAAAAACAAGCCUCCAGUUUCUGAUUGGCUUUUUUUUGAGCACAAGGUUGAAAUUGACCAGUGGCAAGGUGCAUUCAACACACGUUUUCACAAAACAUUGAGAUAGCCUAGCAAACCAGAUUAUAUUUUUGAGUUUUGGGAUAAUUGUUGACUGCUAAAUUUUGAUUUGCUGUUUUCAGCAAUGGGUAGUUAAUAUAUUAAGAUUUAUUAAGGAAACAACUAUAUACAUGUGUUUCCUAUAUUAAUAUAAUUCUUGCAUGAGGGUACAACUUGACAUGUUCCAUGCCAAAGACAGCUUAGGGUAAUUUCAUUAUGUUUAUAUGUUGCUUUAAUGUUUACUAAGAUGGAGGAAUUCAACAAGAAAUAAAUUCAAAAUUAAGUUAUUUAAAAAUGGCUGAAAAUUGUAUAGGAAAGCACCCCAUAAAAAUGAUCUUUGAGACACAUACAAAAUGUUUUAGAGAUAUUUAUAAAGUAAAAAAAGUUCAUUUGGGAUGUUCAGAGUGAUAGAAAAUUCAUAGUCUUUAAAUAAAAACCUCUGCUAUGAAUUACAUUGUCAAUCUUCAAUAAUUUGUGGUCAAUUUUCAGUUACAACGUUGUUGCACCAAGUUGAUAUGUAAAAUUUCUGCACAGUUCAGUGCAACAUAGUCACAAUGGACAGACCUACAAAUAUCUCCUUUAAUUAAUAAAUUUUUCACAUAAUAAUAUUAUUUGCCUACAAUCUUUUGUCUGAUACAAAUUAUUUAAAGAAGAUUAUUCCUUGGUAAUUCAUGUGAAUAUAAGGAUGUUUAUUGCUUCCCCUGUAAAAUUUUCACCAUGUUGCACUAGGCGUAAAAAAAAAUUGUUUGUUUCCGGUAUCCCAACCUUCCCUUAAUUUUUGGCCCAACCCUAAAUGUUUUUAUGGCGUUGGAGAAUAUUUUUUUCAACUUUUUAACAAAAAGUUGCAAAACUUCUCUUUUUAUGCUUUAAACAUGGUCAAUGGUGUUAGAAAUAAACUUACUGAUGCUCUAAAGGCAUAACCCCCUAAUUGUUUUCAUUUUUGACAUAAAAAUAAUUUCCGAAAGGUACAUAAAAAUAAAAAUAAUUAAUUUCCGAAGUCUCACUUAGUAAAAAAAAAUUCCAAAAAAAAAAAUUUCCGACCUACAUACCCUAAUAUUUUUUAGCAUGUUACCGGAAACAAAGAAUUUUCUUUUUAGGCCCUAUGCCAUUUAAUGUAAUUUUAGUAUCAUCAUCAAACACAUUUGUACUAAGAACUGAGAAAAAGAAACAGGUAACAGAUUACUGUUGUGCUGACCAGAGAUUACUACCUUUGAACACAGAUCAGGUUAUUUACCAAAUGUUUAUUUUGAACCUUCCUAAUUAAAUAUGCACGUAUCUUUUUCCUGAAAAUUAAAAUGCACUGGUAGUAAUUAAGACCUUAACAUUAUAUAAAUAUUGCAUUCCUGAGAGGGUGAUAUGAAAAAUGUUCACCGCGAGAUAUAUGAAUAUUGACCGAGGCGCCAGCGGAGGUCUUUAUUCAUAUUUCGAGGGGUGAACAUUUUUCAUAUCACCCUCUCAGGAAUGCAAUAUAUAUUUUAUUAUACCGAAAGAUUAUAAGGGUUAAGGCAUUUACUGGAAAAUCAACAUAAAAAUUUAUUUAACAUUAAAAAGUAAUUACUAACCAAAUAAUGAAGACAGAAUUAAAGAGUCUUUACUUGUUAGCACUCACAAUUUGUGGCGCCUUUGCUAUGUAAUAAGACUUUUUUGAUAGAUUUAGUCGAGACAUUUACAUAUCGCUGAGCCCUUUAUUUAUUCUAAUAUUUCAACAUUGCGUCAAUCAGUAGCAUUCGAAAAACGGCGAUAACUUUCUUUUUUCUAAACGAAACAUUUAAGUGUGAGCACUCAUUUCCUUGUUAGAUCAUUUCCAAACUUACUGUGGCAGUUUCGAUUCAAUAUCUGAUGAAAAAUUGUUUUUUAGAAAUAUUUUGCACGUAGCACGUAAAAAAAGAAAAUUCGGCCAUGUUCGCACAUGCAAGAGCACUAGAAAAGGGUAAUUUAAUCCUAAGGUAUAAUUAUAUAAGCGUCUCGUCUGAAAAUUUAUCGACUCAGUCUUUUAAUCAAUGCGAAAGUAUCAAUCUCUCAACGGGUGAUAUGAAAAAAUAAUAUCACAUGCGCAGAAAAACAAAAUAACGCUGCUGCGCAUGUGAUAUGAAAUUAAGGAUCAUAUCACCUGCGCAGAAAUUGAAAAUAACGAUUUUGCGCAUGUGAUAUAAAAUCACUGGGGAAUAUGAUAUAUUAUUCAAGUUAAACUAAUGGGAAAUUUGCAUUGGACAUUUAUGUGAGGUAUAAUAAUGUGUUUUAUUGAAUUUAUCAUUUAUUGUCACUAUGUUUUCUUGAAAUUUCAGUUAAUAUUUACGACUUUGUUAAAACAGUUAACUCAGUACUUUUUUCACCAGAUCUAAUAAUAAAUAUUGUUCACAGGUUUCUACCUCAGAGAAGUAAUAACUGCCUUUGGUGCAUACAUUACUAUAAUAAUUACUAACCAUUAACCAAUUCAUAUAUUCCGAUUUCUUAUAUAUCUACUUUUUUGAAUAACUAACCAUCACUUCUCCCAAAGUGGCUACUGAAAUCAUGAUCUUUCUGAUUAAUUAUGCAUGCAAAAUGCAUAAAGUUGUGUUGAAACCAUUAAAAUGCAUGAAAUUAACAGAAAAUUUGUUUGUGUAACAUAUAAGAUAAUUUUUUUGAUCAUGUGAACCAGAUUACAUUUUCACAUUUGCUGCUCAUGAAAAAAUUGCAUUUGAUGUUUAAAGAUAUUUCAAUCUUACACUGAAAGAAACAAAUGAGCCACACCAUGAGAAAACCAACAUAGUGCGUUUGUGACCAGCAUGGAUCCAGACCAGCCUGCACAUUCGCGCAGUCUGUUCAGGAUCCAUGCUGUUUGCGUUCAAAAUCUAUUGCAAUUAGAGAAACCGUUAAAGAACAGCAUGGAUCCAGACCAGACUGUGCGGAUGCGCAGGCUGGUCUGGAUCCAUGCUGGUCACAAAUGCACUAUGUUGGUUUUCUCAUGGCGCGGCUCAAAUAUCCUUUAUCUACCUGUUGAAUAUGUGCCUUACAGUUUUUGCUAGUUUCUCUGAUACAACUAGAAUAAGAUUUGCAUUUCUGCAUAUCACAUGUACUUUUCGAAAUUGAUCAGAAUUCGUGCUUCAUUAGUUAAAAGUAUUGUGAUAGCAGAUCUCUUAGGUAAUUUACAUAGCAAAUAAUGAUUAAAGUAUGUUCUGUUUGAGAAUAUUUAGGGUGUACCAAACACAGAUUCAUUCCACUGUAUGUAUGUUGCCGUUUAUAUGGGUUUUUUUACUGAACUAUCUUGUGUUCUUGUAAAUACUGAACCAUGUAACUUACAUUCAUAAUGGUGUUAUUAACAAACAGUAUUAUAUUGUUAUACACAUAUAUAGUAUAUGCAAUAACUUAGAUGAAUUUUACAUUUCUAACCAUAUUUGUGCAUUUAUGUUAUUUUUGAUAUUCAAAACAAGUUUAUAAAACAAAG